AUGAACCAGCCUGAAUCCUUCCCAGUCGAGAAGCUCGAGAGAGACGUGAAGCCUCAUGCCGAUGCAGUAGGCGAGGCCGAGCUCGAAGUGAUCCCAGCGAUGCCAACCCUUAAUCGGCAGCAACGCAGGCAUAGGCUGGCUGCGCCGUACGGAAGUACGGAUGGGCGGGAGAGCGUGGGUGGAAACCCCGCGUCUCAGAAUCAGCAACUGGAGGGGCAGCGAGCAGAACUAAUGCUCGCGGCACAGAGGCUCCGAGGUGAAGCUGAUGAAGCAUUUUCCCAGAACGAGGAGAUGAAAAUCCAGGACAAUUGGGGUGACGAAGAGAUUCGCUUUCAGCAGCAGCCAGGUCUGUGUUUCCAGGAUGCCUUCAUUUCCACUGUGGAUGGCACGCCGCAGCAGAUGAACAAAGAUGCCCGCCAUGGUUGUUACCUCUCCAUUCCGACGCCCUUCUCCCAGACCCCGACCAUGGCAACACGUCAGCGAUACGCAAGUAUCCUGCUGUCUUCUUUCGCAGGGUCUGAUGGUCUCCAAGUCUUGCUCAACCAAUGUGCCCUGGUGGUGGCCCGGGUCAGACAGCCAGAUGCGUUGCACGUCGUCGUCGGCUGUGGCCACGAUGGCAAAACUCUGAUUUUUGUCGACCACAUGCGGGCUGUGUUCGGCAGCGGCUUCCGUUGCGCGCCAUGCACAAUGCUCCAAGCAGACCGAGAGUUCCAGGUGCAAGGGGUCAAUUUCAUCCACGCAGCAUUCCUCACUUUUGAUGAAUGCAAGCGAGACCAAGGGCUCGUGGAAGACAUUGUCAAGGUCUUUGUUGGUGGUGGCUGGCUCCCUUUGCGGAGAAACCACGAAGCAGAGACCAGACACGGGCAUUGGCCCAACACUGGCAAAGUCUGGGCUAUGAAUGUCGGGGAUAUCCCCAAGGUGCCAACGGCGGAAGAGGUUUCUCAUCGAAGGAGGUUCCGUUGCACCUACACGCGGUCCAAGUUCACCGCGAACCACGAUGAGGUGGACGUCGCCAACAGAGUCUUCCAAGCAGACCCCACUGCUAAGGAAUUCAUGGCCUCUGGGGACGCAGUAUGGUGCUUCUUCCAGGACUUUUUGUUCCCUCAUCUUCGGGUGACUGGGGUUCAGAAAUGCAGUGACAAUUUGGAGCACCUCCGGCCAGGAACAUGCUUGCAGAAGGACGCGCAGUGGCUCCUCCGCAAAAUCAGUCGCUCUGAUGACAGCCUGCAUCCAGACCAAGACCUGCCUUGCGGGCCGGGGGCUCCGCAGCCUGCGCCUAGCGCCGCUGCAUCUGCGUCCGAGCGCUUGGUCCGAGACACCCACGCAGCCAUCCAAAGCCAGUUCUUCACGGCAGCCAGAACCUCAGGGACUUGUGCUCCGGACAUCUUCCUGUUGGCUGACGUCAACAGAAUCACUUUGGCUUCCAACCCUGGCGCAGCUCCCCCAAACCGGGCUGGCAAGAAGCUGAGAGUGGAGUGCCUCAAGGAAGCUUUGCCCGCAUGUCCACAUCUCAUUCGCGCGGUGGAUGGCGUUGUUCGAGGUGGCAGCCAGACGGGUCGCUUUGAGCGCAGGUGCCUGGACCCCAACAAGUGGCACCGCUGCCUAGAAACAUCUGUGGGAGAGACGCGUGUCCAAGAAGUCGCCGGUACUUGGGCAGACUGGGCUUGGCCUUCAGCCGCGGAGACUUCCAAUGCGGAUAACUUUGAUGAACCAAUCGGCUUCCCCCAGGGAGACUCUUGGACCAUCUCUUGCAGAGUCAAUGUGGACGGCCUGCGAAAUUUUGGGACCGCUGCGCCCGGAGUCAAAGGACAACAUGCCACGCAAGUGGCCGAACAGUGUGCAAGAGAUGGCCGCGACGAGGGCGCUGGCGUCAUGGUUGUUCCAUGCACCGGUCAUCAAAAAAAGGUUGCCGGAGAAUCUCUUGGGAGAGCCUUCUUCCCAUGGGUGAGUUUCCCAAGUCUGUCUCGGGCCGCAAGGAAUUGCGGUAGCCCUCCGGGAACAAAGGAGUUCGACGUGCCAAAUGCCGUGGUGCACUUUGCUUUGGACUUUGCCCGUCAGUAUGGGCUGGACUUGCCAUGCUUUCGCCGCUACUACGCUUUCAAAGCGGAGUGGCGCAAAGUGGUCAUGAGCUGGUUCUCUUUGCCCGAACAUGAUGCCAAGAAAGCCCUUUUGAUGGCCUGA